AUUCCAUUUCAACUACCUCCAACUCGGAUUCGAUUUAAAAGCGAGGUUGCAAGGCGGGUUGCAUUCGUUCAGGGGCAAUCUCCCAAAUGAUGCGCAGUCGAAUAAACUUUAUAAUUUUAUAAAAAGAUAUACGGUAUACUUUUUCCGUUGAAUAAACGUCUAAAGUUGGAACAAAAACAUUUCUGUAAAACGUCCCGUGUUUUGUUUUACCGGAAUUCCGCGAUUUUUCGCGAAGUUGUGUACAUCAAAGAGGAGGAUGGUGGCGCGCCGAUUGAGGUGGCGAUGGGGUGGCAAGGACCCUAGAACCGCCCCUGACGGAGGGUGCGCGCGUAGAGAUCAGUCGCGCGGAAGAGGCUAACGCCCAGCUGCCCAGCAGAUAGCGGGUACGCGCGUUCGUGAUAACGACAGACACUCGAGAUCCGAUUUUUAAUCAUCCUGAGACCACAGACAUAAUCGAUCGCCGUCCUCGGAGCGUCUUCUCGCGCGCUGGCCGUCGCCACGACUGGGCCAGCUCGAACGAGCCGUGCUUCUCACCCUGCACGUCCCACGUAUACUUCCAGCAUUGAUGUAUUACGCGAUACCGUCGCUCUACACCCCUUCCAGAUCCACUGGUCCUCGAUAUAUGUUUCAUUCACCAACGGGAUCAUCCCCCCCGGGGUGUUGUUUCUGUGCGGGAACCGAGUGCCACCGUCCAACUAUGCGAUAACUGUGCCCAGGACAGUGCCGAACAGGAACACGCUCGUUCUGGAUACCAAGGAUUCUGGAUAAACGAGGAUUACUCGAUUAGGACCAUGGCUCGUUCGCUCGACGCUUUAACCCUUUUCGGCAGAAGCGUUUGAACAGAGAAGGGAAGGUAAACGAAAGCUUUGUUUGGUUCUGCUUAGACAAUUACGAAUUUACAAGGGGUUGCACUUUAAUUUCGACUGUCAAGGAUAACGCUUCCUCGGCGUAAAGAUUGUUUACUGUGUCAACGAUGAAUUCAAUUUACGUGAUAUCGUUCUUUACGAGUUUCAGUUGGACCCAGAUAUUUAAUCGAGUAGUCGGUGUAACGUAGAAACGUUCGAUUGGAAACGUAAACAUCUAGAAUUGUUGGUGGAAUUUUUAUUUUUAUUUUUUUUUUUCUUCAAGAAGUAAAGAAACGGAUCGAUUCGAUAAAGAACCAUAUUUCUGCAAAUUGAGUAGCCCACGCUUACCGUACGGACAUGGAGAGCAAUUAAACGCAAUUAUAAAGUAGAUCUUGGGUUUAAUAUUAACAACGAUUAGUGUACAAUCGGUUCGCUUUAAUUCGGCUUAUCAGGAACAGAAUAGAUCGUUAUGGAUCACAGCAAGAAAUUAUCUGGGAUAACAUUUAAAAAUUUAUAGAUUAUAACGGGACAAAAUUUAUAUGAUUUAUUCGGAUAAGUAAUUAAGGGUAUCUAAACGAAAUCGAAACGUAAACGAUAUCUACGCGAUACCACGUAUACGUCUUCCCGAUUUUGGAAGUGAAAGGACUUAGCAGUCUAUACGUCGUCGAGAAUUAACGGGGUUGAGGCUUUCCAGUUUGUUUGUUCUGACGUGUAUGUCGAGGUGCACUUUGAACGACGAUGGUUAUUGCCCCUGUUGCAUGUGUUCGAGGACAAUUAACGUCAAUCCUAAUAAAAUAGCAAAACGAGCGUCGUGUGCGUUGAUUCGUUUAAAAGUUUCGUUCCACUCGCAAGAACAUCGUAGAUUUUACUGUUAAUUUUUCUACCGUUCUGGAAAAUACUUUUUACGAUUCUAGAUUAUUUGAGAGUUUUAGAAUUAUCGACCCAUUUGUCUUUGUACAUAUCAUUUCAGGGCUUACGUUUUAGACAUAUUUUCUACAAAGCAGCCAGUUAAAUCUACCGAUGUAAAGCUUCUACUGAGCGAUACCAAUCCAAUGAAUUAUUUAUCCAGUGAGCCAGCCCCCGAAGAUGAGGCCCACGAUGUCCACUGCCAUCAACAUUCUCUCCUGCCUUUGGUGUGUCACCAUGAUCGGUGGCACCGAGACGGUCGAGGUGUCCUGCAACGACCGUUUGACCGCGCCAAGAGGCGUCAUCCAGACCCCGAAUUUCCCAGGGCCGUUUCCAGUUCCCAUCAAGUGUCGUUGGGUGAUCGACGUGUCGGACAUACCGGCGACGAACAGCUCCAUCGUCGUCUACCUGACGCAGGUCUACGUCUUCAAGGGUCUAAGAUUCACCGAGUACGCUUACUACGAGUCCGAGAGCAUGAACUUUGGCGCCUUGCUGCUCAAGGAGAUCACCGAGGGCAACGUGUUCGAGUACCGUUGGUUCCGAACGUUUAGACCGUUUCUCGUAGUGGAGUUCGAGUUGGAGAGACUCGAGGGCAACCACGUACGCGUGCUGAACGACCUGCUGGACGUGUACGGGUUCAACGUCACGUAUCAAAUGACGGAGGACGAACCGAACUCGGCCGCCUGUUCCGUUCGUGGCUGCUCUUACACAGGAAACUGUCUCGUCUCGGCCGACUACGCAGGCUUCCAGUGCGACUGCUUCGAGGGCUUCAGCGGGAAGAACUGCAACGUGGGACCCCUGUGCUUCGACGACAGACACGAUCCUGUGUGCCAAAAUGGCGGCACUUGCAUGCAAAUUGGAGCAGAAGCGAUGAACUGCCAUUGCGCCGUGGGCUACGUUGGACGUCGCUGCGAGAUUCAUCUUUUGGACAACGGGGAUGACGAAUGCGGAACGGACAAUUGCAUAAUGCAGUGCCCUUACAGCGAAGGGGAGCGGCAGCAGCCUUGCGCCUGUAAAAACGGCACGAAAAUUUACAACCAUCGAGCGAGAUACCAAUGCAGAAUAAAAUUGGCAAACGUGACGUCGUUGAGGGCCUCUUUGGCAGCGCAGGACGACUACCUGGAGGGGUACGUUGUAAAGCAGCUGGCAAAGUACUUGAAGAAUUCUAACAUCUCGUCCGUGGAGGAUUUGGGAAUCCUGAAAGUGAAGUCCCCGUCGCGCUCGGAGAUCACUUUCCACUUCCUGGGGAAUUCCGAGGACGGAGAUAAGAUUCGGGAGUCCCUCAACAAGCUGGUGCAGCAUCGACGACUAAACGAGAUCUCCCUCGAGUCGACCCACUUUACGUUUCAACAGAAACCAGCACUCAAAUUACAGAACCUGGUCCUCCUGAACGUGAACAAAGUUCAUCUAGGCGAUCGGUUAAUGGUGGGCUGCCAAAUACAUGGAAGCGACAGCAUAAAUUUCACCUGGUACAAGGACAACGUUCCGGUGAACAUAAGCAAAUCUAUCAGAGAGAUCUCGUACAGACACUUCCCUAACGACGCCGCCACGGAUCUAUACAUGUCUCUUUUGGUAAUCGAAAGGGCGACCUUGCUCGACGCGGGUCAAUACACUUGCCAAGUAGUCUAUUGGGGCGUACAGCAAUGUAAAAGUAUUUACGUCGACGUGAGGGACGAGCCGAACGUGAAAGUGAUGCCGAUGAGCGCUACCAUUGAGAAGGGAGGCGAUAUACAGUUGACCUGCACGACGCCUAACAUGCCCGAUAUAGGAAUAGGGUUUGGCUGGACGAAGAACGGAGCUUUGCUGAAGCUGGAACCUGGCAGUGAAGUGUGGGAGGAUCUUUAUCCUGCUGGGAGUAUAUUAAAGAUUACAAACGCGCAGAAAUCCGCGAUCUACACGUGCAACGUGGCGUACAACUCCAUGUCCGUGCGCGUGGAAAUCGUGAAUCGAAACAUGAUACCGAUUUGCGUUAAAGGCGAAUCGUGGGGUUUGUAUUGGCCAGACACUGCGCCCGGGUCCGAGGCUUUGUUGGAGUGUCCUAAAUACUUCGUAGGCAACAAGGUAUCCAGGCUGUGCUCGAUGAAAGACGCGACUACCCCGGAAUGGCAGACACCUGACUUCUCUUCGUGCUUUUACGAGCCUCUGACUUCGCCUUACAAUAAGUUUAAAAGCUUGACACUGGGCUAUCAGAACACAACCGGCUCUCAGACGAUCUUUUCUUUUUGGGAGAUCCUACGAUCACGCGGGCUUCCUCUUUAUCCUGGCGAAGGUGAUCACAUUCUAAAUAUAUUGGCGAUGAUCGAACGUUAUCAGCAAAAAGUCGACAUACCCGACCUGCACGCUUCGAUGGAGCCUCUGAUACGCAUUAUCAAUCGAAUACUGACCGACGAAAAGUCGAUAUUGAGUCAACAGGUGUUGGUGGUGCUACUUCAAAUUACGCAACGGAGCUUAACGCACUGGUCGAAGAUAACGACACAGCCUUACAAGCAUCUGUCUUUGUCUUCGCUGGUAGUGGACGUCCAGGAACUGCAACAGCAUAACGGCGACAGCAUCACGCAUUCCCUUCAAAUACCUGUAGAAGAUUCCAUGUAUCCAAGCUGGUACGAGGAUAAAGUGACCAUACGAUUGUGGAAGAAACGACACCACGGAGGGAAGUCGAACAGCACCCUCAACGGGAUCGUGAUCGUCUACAAGAACGUCUCCAGCUUUUUUCCAAGAGCCUGUGUCAAGGAACUCGACGAUGGCACGGACCUCGAGUUCCGCAUCAAUUCACGCGUCAUCACGGUAGCAGUGCCUGCCUUCAAUCUCGACAAACACAAUAAAAUAUGGGUAGACCUGCACGUGAAACACGUGCAGAAUCAAUCCAGCUCCUGGAAGGUGUCCUGUGGCUUCAUGGGCAACGCAGGCGCUUGGGACUUGAACAGCUGUAUCACCAAUAUAUUACCAGGGGACGCCGCGACUCAUUGUUUGUGCCCCAAUACUGGGACCUUCGCUGUUUUCCUAACGGCCCGCGCACUCAGAGUAAUACUGGCAAAAAAAGAACAAACUACGUUCAUCGUCGUAUUUGGAUGCGGUAGCUGCUUGAUGCAGUGCCUGCUGUCCUCUUUGGUCCUUGGAACCUUCUGGUGGAAGAAUCGAAGCUGGCUGAACUUCCUGAAGCUUCAAUGUUGCGCUGCUAUGGUAGGGGCAAUGGCUGUCUUCAUCUACGCCGUGCACAGCAAUCUCCCCGAGAGUUCGUACGCGAUCGUGGCGGUAGCCUUGGAGGCGUUCCUCCUCGUUGGUUUGUCCGCGCCGAUAUCGGAAGCAUUGAUUAUCUACGCUGGCCUAACACAAGUCCGACCGAACUUCCAGCCUACUGUCAUUGCAGUCGUUACCGGAGUCCCUAUCUUGGCCGUACUUACCACGGAACUCACCCACAAGAGCACCGGGUGGAGACACGAAUCAUGGUGGCUGAUUCUCGGAAGUGGAGUCUAUAACAUAUUCGUGACUUGCGCUACCAUGAUGUUUCUUGUAUUCGCGUUGCUGUACUUUGGAAUUCUACACAAAGCUCACGCUCUAGUCGAAGAGAACGUUAUGAAAAAAGAGGUGAUAGACGCAAGACUACGAAUGUUACAUCGUGCUGCCAUUGUCAUAUGCGGCGUCGUCGCGAUGGAAGCUUCCUCCAUCUUCUACAUAAACUCCACCUCUAUUAUCUUUCACUAUGUGUUUGCUUCUCUCUCCUCUGUCUUGGGAUUCGUUAUAAUAAUGGUCUACAUUGUGAACAGCGACUUGGCAAUCCUAGAUCUGAUCCUAAGGAAACUGAAGUGGAAACACGACACGGAAGAAGAGAUAACGUCCGAACCAAUCAAAGUGUGCUCGAAGAACGGCGCAGAAGUGGAGAACGACGCUGCACCUCCUCCGUCCUCGCUGAGCAUCGGGGACCCUUAUCUGGAAGCUCGAGGAAUCGCAGCCGGUAGUAUAGACAUGCGCGAAUUCGUCAACGAGUCGUCGUCCUCGUAUUCGAAGCCCUCCGUCCCAGUCGUCGGCAGAUUCUUGCCAGAGAUACGCGUCGAUCACUCCGACGAUAUAAACCUCGAAAAUUAUAGCACCAGCCCGCGAAAGUACCAAGACGCCAUCCCGUUCGAUGCCGUGUUCCCAACGCGAGCAUCCCACUGCCCGACCGAAUCUUACAGUAGCCCCGAGUGCUGCACUUUUCGCGAGUUUGGCAAAUAUCGGGAGCCGCAAGGACCGCAGGUCUUCGUGCCACACAAUCCCACGGUUGAAACCGCGGCGAAGGUUUUGUGCAGCGCGGACGUGGAGUCGCGCUUGACUGGAAUGCCGGAUGUGACCUUGGCCGUGAAGAGCGACGUCGAGCUGUUGUCCACGACGGAACUGAUAAGAGAACACGUGAACGUCAUCCCCGACAUAGCCAACACCACCGAACGGAAGCAACCAGAUGGAGAGGAGAAAGCGCCCGAGAUCAUCAUUACGAAUUGCGAGGCUACCACGAGUGGCAUGCUCGAUCGUAUCUCUCACGACCUUGACUAUUUGCUGAACCGGAAGCACUCUAUGGACGGUACUUGAGUACCACCGAAUGUACCGUUUGUAGCGUACGAUGAUUCGAUUGAGUAACGUGAUCCUUGGAACGAGUACGAAAUACAGUAAGUCGCAAAAUCAUCGACGCACGUACGAUACAAGUAAAGGGGAUAUGAAAGAUAAAAACAGUAGUACAAGAUUUUCCUAUGCUUCUUAUUUAAUUGAAUUUUUUUUUCCACUAAUUGACAUGUUCUAGAUAUUACCGUAGAUAUUACAUUUCUUAAGUAAAAAGAGUAGAAAAAUCUUUUAUUAUUUUUAUCUUUCCUAUCACUGUUAUUCCGUGUGUGCGCACCGUUAAUGUUGCGAAUGAUUGUAUUUUGAUGAUUGAUUUCCAAAAGGGGUAGUCUGGUAAGUUUUGACUUCUGUUAACGGUUCUGUAAGAUUUCUUUAUUUAACCCUUUCCACUCAGAUAUCUUCUACAAGGGAAUAAAUCUAGCUAAUUUUUAGUAAAUACGCAGAAAAUAUACAUCGUCGUACUACAUAUAAAAAAUUAUGUGUAUAAUAACUUUUUCUUCGAUGUUACUAUUCCUUCUUGUGUACACAAAUUAUUUGACCACCUGCAAUAUUUAGUCGAAAGUAGCAGACUACCUCCAGAGUUCUCUGUGUAAACACAGGGUAUUCGUAUCGUCGCGUGCAUUAGAAGAAAUAAACAAACGACAGUACUUUUUAAAAAAUGUUAUUAUUAUCGUCAUCGUUUAUAAUGUUCAACGUUAUAUUUUAUCACGUAACGAAGACCUAGCAUCGUAAGAGUGUUACAUUACGCUUGCGGUGUGUUAAGCUAUACAACUUGAAUGAUGUACAAUUUCUCUUUGUUUACAAACACGUAUACACUCUCUCGUCGAUCACAUCAAUUGUUCUAAAACAUCGAUUAUAAGAAGACCCUUUGUAAGGACGUUUUUCAUUACGCUCCAUCCGUAAAAGUGUUUUGUAUCGAGGACACCACGUAUUUCUCCUUCUGCUAUAAAGUCACACAAAUAAAUUUUUUAUAGAAUA